AUGUCCCUCCAAACGCCCCGCAUCCUCCCCGCCCACCUGCACGCCUUCCAUCCAUCCAGCGGCAAGAGCUCAACACAUACCAUUCGCAUCCUGGGCACUGUCAGUGCGCUGCACAGUGACACAGCCACUAUCACAUGUGGCAAUAAUGGCGAUGUGACUCUAAUCCUGAAGCCUGAUUCGCAUCUUCAGAUGGGGAAAUUGGUCGAGGUUGUGGGGAAGGUGGCUGAUCUUGAGAGUGGCCAGCAGGGUCUUGGAAUUCGUGUUUUGGGAACUUCUGAUUGGGGCAAUCCUGCUGAUUGUGAUUACAAGAUCUAUGAGCAACUGGUUGAGGCUACGCAUCGUGUGAAGCCUAUCUUCUAUGACGAAUAA